AUGCCAAGAAAGAAGACAUGUGGAGUUUUCGAACGAAUUCCUCACAGUUCAGCCGUCGUCAGGAAUCAACAACGUGCAGCCCUUUGUGCCCCCAAGCAGAACGACUCAGGCAUUUCUUUGGCCGGGUCCAAAUGGUGUGCAGUUCCCGUGGUAGUGGGACCAAAUGGACAGCCGCUACCGUCGAUGGCCCAUGGAAGAAAUCUUUCGAUGCCGAUGAUCCCCAUGACCCCAUUUACACCCUUUGGGGGUCAGAUGUGGAAUGGACCAUCCUUCGGCUUCCAUCCAGCUCCGGGACACCUUCAAUCUCCGGCGACACCUCACUGGAUGCCAGCUCCGUCGACGCCAGGCUGGAUUCCAACUCCAAGCAGCCAAAAUUCGACUCCAGGAUCUGGAACUUCAGUUCCAAAUUCUGUGUAUGGUUUUGGGACCAUCGGAGCUGCUUCGGAAGCUUCCCUUCCCCAUCCGUCUUCUUCAACUGGAGCUUCAAGUGCACCUUCUCUUGAGGAGCAACUUCAGGACCUGCCAGUCACCGUCCAAGCUUCAGCUCGUCUUCGCCCAAGCUCUGUUUCCGCCCAAGUCUCCGUCCACGCUCCAGCUGCUCCAACUCCAGCUUCCCCUCCACGAGCAGCUCGUCAGCCACCCCGUUCAUCCCAGUACUUCCCAUAUACUCCACCAACCGAACAACAGCGGCGCCGCCAGAUGCUAGUUGAAAUGGAGCACCAGAAAAAAAGUAGGGAACACCGUAAGGAAGGAGAGGAUUGGGAAGCCGAAUGGUUGAGAGGUGAAAAGGAAUUGAAGGAAGAGGAGGAACAACAGGACGCGGAUCGCCGUCAAACUGAAGCGGUAGAAGCUGCCGAAAUUGAGGAGCGGAGGAAGGAGAAAAAGAAGGAGAAUUUGAUGCUCGUGGACAAGAUGAAAGAUGAAUGGCGAAUAAAAAAAGGGAUAGCUUCCUGGGCGAAGAUGACCAAGGAGGAUCGUCUGGAGUUAGCAAAAAAGGAGUUGGAUUUUCUGCGGUGCUCUUCAGUUCCCACGUUUCCAUUGGUCUAUCUUCUUCUACAUGCCACCACUACUGUAAUCCCAUCGCCCUAG